AUGGAAUUCCUCAAGGAGAUUGCUAGGAAUGCAUGUGUUCAAUACGACUAUUCUAAAAGGCUUGAAGAGAGUCUCGAUGUUCUGAAAACCGAAAUGCAAGAGUUGUGCAGCCAGCAGACCGACAUAAUUAUUGCACUGAACACAGAAGAGGUAGUGCAUGGAAAGAAGUCAAAGGCAGAGGUGAGUUUAUGGCUAGAAAAUGUGGAAAAGAUUACAAGCGCAGUGACUAAGAUAGAAGAGGUUUAUGGAAAAAUAGGGAGAGAUUUGUCACUCCCACGAGUUGCAUUGGGAAAGUGUGUCGUAAAAAAGAUUGAAGAGGUGGUGAAGCUUAAGGAGAAAGGUAGAUUUUCAGAAGGGUUACUUACUGAUUUAUUACCUGAAAGUGGAAGUAUGCCCACAACGAAACUAGUGGGUAGAACAACAGCGGAAAGAAAUUUGGAACAGAUUUGGGAGACGUUGAUGGAUCAGGAGGUCAGAACUAUAGGUGUGUAUGGCAUGGGGGGAGUGGGCAAAACGACCAUCAUGACCCACAUAUUUAAUAAAAUACAGAGCGCUGGAAUAUUGGGCACUGCCAUUUGGGUGACAGUAUCUAAUGAUUCUAAUAUUGAGAGACUGCAAAAUGGUAUUGCACGGGUAAUAGAAUUGAAGCUUUCUAAUGAAGAAGAUGAAAUGAGAAGAAAAAUGAAAUUGUUUGAAGCUUUAAAACGUAAGGGGAAGUUUGUUAUCAUCUUAGAUGAUAUGUGGAAAUCAUUUCCAUUGGAGAAGGUGGGGAUUCCUGAGGGCAAUACAUUUAAGAUAGUGUUGACUACCAGAUCGCUAAACGUGUGCCGAGGCAUGAAGUGCCAAGAAAAAGUAAGAGUGGAGGUUCUUUCAGAGGAAGAAGCAUGGCAAUUGUUUAAGGAAAAACUUGGGGCUGAUAUGGUUCUUUCUAUAGAAGUAGAAGUACUUGCAAAGCUUGUCACUAAAGAGUGUUGUGGUUUACCUCUUGGAAUAAUCACAGUAGCAAGAGCAAUGACUGAAAAGGAUGACAUUAGCGAGUGGAGAAAUGCAUUAGAAGAAUUAAAAUGCUCGACAACGGACAUCGAAGGCAUGGAAGAUGAAGUUUUUCUAUGUUUGAAGUUCAGUUAUGAUCGGCUGAAAUCUGAUCAGAUCCGAGCUUGUUUCUUGCAUUGUGCUCUUUAUCCUGAGGACUAUCAGUUCAGUGCAGAAGAGUUGAUACAGAAUUGGAUGACAGAAGGAUUAAUAGAUGAGAUGGGGGACAGGGAAAAAGAACUCGACAAGGGCCAUACGAUAUUGAAUGGACUCAUAGAUGUAUGUGUAUUGGUGAGGAAGCCCGAAGAUCAUAUAGUAAUGCAUGAUUUAAUCAGAGACUUGGCUAUUUGCAUUAAGAGGACGAGUCCUCGGUUUAUAGUCAAGGCAGGCAUCGGUGUAAGGGGAUCAAUUGGUGUAGAAAAAUUUGCUGAAGAGGUUGAAAAAAUCUCAUUAAUGAGAAAUGAAAUUGAAAUGCUUUCAGGUGAACCCAACUGCCCAAAACUCUCAACAUUGUUGUUGCGAGAGAACCCUCUCUCAGCCAAUAUUUCUCAUGAGUUCUUCAAUCGCAUGAACAGCCUCAGAGUUCUCGACCUUUCUAAGACUGGUAUUGAGUAUCUGCCAGAAUCAGUAUCCAACUUGGAGAACCUGUGUAUGCUCUUACUAAAUGGUUGUAAGAGGUUAAGGGAGGUACCGUCCUUAGCAAAGCUGAAGCGUCUAAGGUUUUUGAACCUCAAUGAGACUGGCAUCAAAGAAGUGCCAGAUGGAAUGGAAUGUUUGGUUAACCUCAAAGAGCUUUAUGUUUCAUCUGCAGAAGUGACAAAUAGGAUAAAUGCUGGUGGUAGCAAUUCCUUAAUGCUUCCUGAUCGUAUUAUCAAGCUGAAAAUGGAGAGAUGCGAGCUGUCAAGCUUGAACUGCCUGUCUCGAUUGCAACACUUACAGUCAUGUGAUGUCUGGUGGUGUAGCAUGAAGUGGUUGUUGCAGAUAGGAGAUAAGAGCACCAUAAUUCCGUCUUUACCCUCCAUACAGUAUCUGGAUCUAAUGGAUCUUCCGAAUUUAAGGGGUCUGUGUGAGGGAGUCUCGAUGCCUGGCUCAUUUGCAUGCCUCAGAGACCUGGUUGUCUCGAGAUGCCAUGUAUUGGAGAAUGUCAUGUCACUUGAAUUGUUUCAGAAACUCCAAUGCCUUGAAUCCAUCUGUAUUGAAGAAUGCAGUGAGAUGGAGGAGGUGAUAAAAGGAGAAGAAGAAGGUGAUAGCAACAACAAUAACAAUACCAUCAUCCUACUCCCUAACUUGAAGUCUUUCGUUUUGAAUAAUUUAGGGAAAUUGAAAAGCGUUUGUAAGCGGGUAAUCUUUUGCCCUUCACUGAUUGAGAUUAAUAUAACUGGUUGUCCUUGGCUGAAGAAGAUCCCUCUUUCCUUUGGCAACUCAACAUCUGUUGUGAGCGGACAAAUAAAAGGAAACAAAGAGUGGUGGGAUGCAUUGGAGUGGGAUGAUCCCAACACCAAAACACUCCUACCUCUUUUUCAAGAAGAAGACGAAGAAGGACGUGGAAUGAAAAGAAAAGCAGAACAAGUAGAAGAGAUUGCAUCGACGUCACAGCACCAAUAA